ACGCUCUCUUUGGACCAUAUCCAAUCCAGUUGUUCGUGGCAAGGGAGCUCAACAUCACAACAAGUUUACUUGCAGCUCGCUUUCUUUAUGACGUUUUCUGUCAUCAUCAUUGCACUUUAAAAUGGGAUUCUGCGGGUUUCGAGGAGUUGGAGAGUGCGUGGUGUUUGCUAUUCUGUUCUACUCGGUUCAGUCUACGACUACAAGGUACUACACUUAUGAAGAGGAUGCACCCGGGACAGAGAUUGGAAAUCUGUCUCAGGAUUUAAAGAUAGACCCAGCUGAGGACCCUCAAACAUCUUUCCGCUUCAUGCAGGAGAACAAUUCGUGUGUGAUUCAAAUGAGGGAGAUUGAUGGACUUUUAACUGUUGGGGAAACAAUUGACCGGGAGCAGCUGUGCCCGAGGUCCCCGCGGUGUUUUGUCACCUUCGACAUAGUUGCCUUCUCCAAAGAAAAGUUUCAGCUGAUUCACGUAGAGAUCGAGGUAAGGGACAUAAACGACAAUCCACCCCAGUUUCUCCACAACGAGACGACCCUUGAAAUAUCCGAGAAUGUUCAGCUGGACUCCCGAUUCCCGUUGGACAUCGCUGUUGACCAUGAUGUCGGCAAUAACUACAUCCAAAGUUACCAUAUCUCUCCCUCCAGCCAUUUCAUAGUUGAUGUGCGCAGCAGGGAGGAUGGAGUGAAGUAUGCUGAACUUGUGCUUGUGAAAGCAAUGGACAGAGAGGCUGAAGAUUCCUAUACAGUUGAAGUGACGGCAACAGAUGGCGGAGAGCCACCCAGGUCCGGAUCAAUGACUGUUCAUAUCAAAGUGCUAGAUUUUAAUGACAACAGCCCAACGUUUGAGCACAACUCACUAAAAGUUGAACUUUACGAGGAUUCUCCUGUAGGUUACCAAGUGCUUAAGGUGCAUGCGUUUGAUCCAGAUGCUGGUAUCAAUGGUGAGGUAGUGUAUGGAUUUGUAGAAGACACAUCAUCUGAAGCAAUGCGUAUUUUUAAUAUAGACCGGAUUUCCGGUGCUGUAACUUUAAAAACAUUGGUUGAUUACGAGAAGAAGAUAUCCUAUGAACUGAAAAUUAAAGCAUCCGAUUUAGGCACUAAUUCUAUUCCAUCGACUUGCAAAGUGAUUGUUGAUGUCGUAGAUGUAAAUGAUAACGCACCAGAAAUCACCAUCAAGCCAAAGACCGCGACGAGUGACGAUGUGGCUUACAUCACGGAGGCCGCAGCGGAGGAAAGUUUUGUGGCGCUAAUCAGCACCUCGGACAGCGACUCUGGCUCGAACGGUUACGUGCGCAGUAGCCUACACGGGCACGAACAUUUCAAGUUACAACAGGCCUACGGGGACAGUUUUAUGAUUGUAACAACCACCACUUUAGAUAGAGAAACGAUCCCAGAGUAUAACCUCACUGUAGUGGCUGAAGACCUUGGAACUCCUCCUUUCAAAACCAUCAAGCAGUAUACCAUUAGAGUGACGGACGAGAACGACAACGCCCCCCUCUUCAGUAAAUCCAUUUAUGAAGUUUCUGUCCUGGAAAAUAAUAUUCCCGGGUCAUAUAUAACUACUGUUGUAGCACGGGACCUUGAUCGGGGUAAAAACGCCAAAGUGUCAUAUAAACUCAUAGACUCAGAGGUUGUCGGGGAGGCUUCCAUUUCGACGUAUGUGUCUAUAGACCCAGUGUCAGGGUCAUUGUAUAGCCUGAGAUCUUUCGAUUUUGAAACGCUCCAGCAGAUUGAAUUAACCAUCCAGGCUGACGACAAGGGCUCACCUCAACUGUCAAGCACAUCCGUGAUCAGAAUCAAAGUGGUUGAUCAGAACGACAACUAUCCCUAUUUUACCUUUCCCGUUAUGCUUAAUGACUCUGCUGAAAUUCCUCUUCCUGUCAAUGCACCAUUGGGGUAUCUGGCACUACGGGUCCAAGGUCAGGAUGAGGAUGAGGGUAUGAAUGGUGAGCUCAGCUACAGAAUCGUACAAGGUGACUCUAAGAUAUUUUCAAUCAAUAAAGACACUGGAGAAAUAGCUUUAAAACAGGGUCUGGCCUCUGCUAUUGGAGACGUGUUGGAAAUCAAGAUUGCACUGAGUGACAGUGGGAGAUCCCCGCUCUCCAGCAGUGCCACCAUUCACUUUGUUGUCUCAGACUUGCAGCUCUCAGACGACCAACUUGUCAUUGUAUUACGGUCAACUGAUGAGGAAAGCGCAGGCUUGGAUAUUUCAGUAGUAGUAAUCAUUAUACUCGGCGGGGGUUGUACUCUGCUGCUGAUUGCCAUAGCAAUUGUUGUUAUCACAUGCAAACUGAACCGAGGAGGGAAGGACCAUGACUCCAAGAGAGACGUGACUCACAGCCUGUUUGACUCCAGGCAUCAUCCCAGGCUCAACUCUGCAGAACCCAACAUGUUCGGUGACCCAAGAGGUUUCCUCAAUGAAAGGACUUCUUCAUCUCUUGAUGAGUCCAGCCUAUAUGAAGAGAAAAGUGGAGAGUUGGAGUCCCAGACGUUCCUGCCUCCCAAGCCUUUCCAACCAUCAUCUGUGUGGCAAGGGGACAAAUACUACCCGCAAAUUAGCAGUGGCAUUGACCAGCAAAGCGUGAAGGACAGUGGGAAAGGAGACAGUGACUUCAAUGACAGUGACUCUGACAUCAGUGGGGAUGGAGGCAAGAAGAACCUUCGCACUUUCCAGCCCUGGGCCAAAGGUUCAUUCCACGCCACUAACACCCUCGCUGUGGAUUGCCAAGGCACUUACUGUGUAAUUCCAACCCAAAGCUUCCAGGCUCCCAGAGACAAUGCAUACACAAUAGGUUUUAUCCAAGCACCGGUCUACAACAAUGCGCAUGCCUAUCCCCACUCCUGGAAAGACUCCGGCUACAACACGAGCAUUCCCAAAGCAAGAAACACCAUGCAGACAUUCUCUAAUCACACCGGCACCCUCCCAUCUUACUUCACACAUCAAAAGAGACAAUCUCCUGCCGGACUUGAUGAAAUUCAAGAGCACAACCAAGAUAUUACUACAAUGGCAACCAUAUCUGAAGUUGCCACCAUUUUGUAAAUAAACUGCUAAGUAAAUAUACAAUUGGAUUUGUAUAGAUACUGUAGUAUUUAGCAGAUACUGGUCAAAGUAGAUGAUGCAAUAUGGAUGAAAAGGAACUUGACGUAAUAACGAAAACUGAAUGUAUAUAUUUUUUAUUUGAUUCAAUUAUGAAGAUGUAUAUAUUGAUUUAUGUCUUAUUGUAUGAACAUGUUUGUGAAAAAUGUGUUUUGUUUUAUGAAUAAACACAAUGUUGAAACAAUG